AUGGACGAUGGCGCAAGCAGCAAUGCGGAAUUCCCAACCGUCGACGGACCAUCCAAUCGCACGCGAUCUGGCAGUGCAAGCAACGGCCACAGACGAAGCCUGUCCGGCUCUUUACUAUCUAGACUCUCUUUCCUCCGCAUGAGUCAGGCAUCUGCGCAAUCAGAAGCAAAGUCCCACACUAUGGAGCAGGAUGGGGACAACGAGGUGUUCCCGCCCACCAUCCCGCAGAUGAAUAGCGAGGCAACGACGGGCGCGAGGGCGAUGUCCGCGGUCAUACAACAGCAGCGCAAGACACGGCGUCGAAGGGGUUCACUUCGGAAAACUGCCCUGUUAGGAACAAGGCUUGAGUCGCGCGAGAAGCGGGCUGCGUCCAAGUCUGCGGAUACAACAACUACAACUCCUCGAUACAUGAGCGAGGCGCCACGGUCUCCAAAGGACGUCCCUGGAGCGAAUGGCUUUGGUUCCCGCGAGAGCCUCGAAUACGACGCCGAAGACACUCAACCAAGCUGGUUCCGCGCCAGCACGGCACAAAAAAUCCUCCGCUCCCCCAUGGCCCGGCGUCGACUAGGCCUCACGCCGCAUAACCUCAUUGGCGGCGAAGAACCCGGCACCGACGACGAAGAACUCGUCUCCUUCCCACGCAUAAACACAACAAAUAAUACCUCCACCAGCACGGGCUCAUCCAAACUCACACCCCCGACGGCUCUCCACAUCUCCACAAAAUCCGAUUACUCCUCCUACCCCCUCCCCGCAGACCCAGACACACCCUAUCGCACCGUGCACCGUGCCAAAUCGUCCCCCUUGGCUACACACCCCGUGGAAAUGAAGAGUACCGCUGAUACGUGGGAUUACUCCGAGACGGAAUGGUGGGGCUGGAUUAUACUCAUCGUGACGUGGUUGGUGUUUGUCGUGGGCAUGGGCAGUUGCUUUGAGGUUUGGAGUUGGGCGUGGGAUGUAGGUGAGACUCCGUAUGCGCCGCCGGAGUUGGAAGAUGAUCCUACAUUGCCGAUUGUGGGAUAUUAUCCUGCGCUUAUUAUACUGACGGCUGUCAUGUCGUGGGUUUGGGUUGUUGUGGCUUGGGUCGGGAUGAAGUACUUUAAACAUGCUAAUAUAUCUGGGGAUGAUAGUUGA